GGUAUCUUGUACUCUAAACUCCAUCUCACCCAGAGGACAGAAGGUACAACCUCGACAGGCAACGACUCAAUCAUCCACACAACUUCACAAAACAACGACAUCCAACAUGGCCACUGCCACUCACCCCAACAUCUGGCGUAAGCGCCACAAUCUGGCUGCCUGGAUUAUCCAGAUAUUGGGUGCUACGGCAUUUGCGGCGCUGUCCCUCUACACCAUAAUCUCAGCGUCCAUAAUGCGGGACUACGCAUACUUGCCUGCCGCCACCGUUCUGGUCCUUCUGUUUGGACUACUUACCAUCGCCUUGGCCGUCACCGAAAUCUUCUUCUUCGCUGCGCAGAAGCUGGACCCCGUCCUGCUCCUCGUCUUUGCAUCCAUCAAAACCACAGUCUGGGGCAUCUACCUCCUCUUCGUCGUCAUCACCGCGGCUUCGCUGAGGGGCGGAGUAUUUGGUCUCGUCCUGGAUCUCCCCCUCUCGGCUGUCGUCUUCGGUGCAGUGCUGUCCCAGCUUAUCAUCACCAUAAAAAUUCGCAAGGCCGCAGCCAUCGCUACUUCAUUUGAAGAGGUGCCAAACAUCGGUCGGAGGCCCGACAUUACUGUUGCUGCAGCCGCAGCCGUAGCAAGAGCAACAAAUCCAGCCUCACCAGCACCACCCUCCACUUUCGUCAGUACCAGCACAAGAAUCACGCUGCCAGAGAGCCUCUUAACCUCCGCCUAUGCCCUCCGCUGCGCCGACCUGUUCUGGUCGUCCUACUUGCCCCAUAGCCAGCCGAUCCCGGCCACACUAUCAGGUCAUCUCACCGAUGGGCUCUCGACGGCCGUGCGGGAUUUCGCCACCGACGGCAUCCUCCGCAAAGCUCUCGUCGCCAUCGCGCUGACCACGCUCGGGCGCAGGGACGACGGGACGCCAAUGAAAGAGGAGGGCAUGCAAGCGUACCGCGAUGCGAUGGAGGAGAUGGCCCUCACGGUGAAGAGGACGGACCCGACGCGGCAGAGCAGCACGACGGGGAUAUUGGCGGCCUACCGGCUCUUCAGCCUGCACGAGGCCAUUCAUGGGGACGACGAUCCCAAGCUGUACUCGUGGCUCAAGCACAAAGCCGGAGAUAGCAAUAUCCUUGCCACCAGGGAUCCGCUCAUGUUCACCAGCGGACACGCCCAUGCUCUCUUUGUCGAGCAGAGGCUGCACUUGACCAUGGCUGCCAUCAAGCUGCGGAAGAAGGUCUUCCUUGCCGAGCCGCGCUGGAGGACAGUUCCCUGGUUAUACUAUAAGAAGAGUCCCCGGGACCGGAUCCUCGAUAUCCUGAUCGACUUGCCGACGAUGCUUGAAGAUCUCGACAGCAUGAAGUCCAUAUCUAGCGCCAUGGCUCAGAGAAAACACCGUGAACAGAUAGAAAAUCUGUACCGCGACGCUGAUGCCCGCCUGCGGGCCUGGGAGGACGAGUACGGGCCACAGUUUCCGUGCCGACGGCUCACCGAGAUUCCGGACUCCAUCACGGCCGAGGACCUCGCGUCGGCCCACCUGAUGACGCUGUACUGGGUGACUUGCAUCAACGUCUACGCCAUGGUCGGCGACGUGCUCUACCCACCACCACCACCAUCUGCGCAAGAACCACGCCACGGCGGCAGCAGCGAGAUGACAGGACGGCUGCAGGGCCAGAACCGCAUCGCCGAGUUCUGCAGCAGCAUCGUCCACACUUGCCCCGUGUUCUGCCACCCGGAGGCGGGCAUCUUCCGAAUGCAGAUUGCCGCGGUGCCGCUGGGCUGCGCGCUGCUCGUGCUGGCCAAGCUGCCGCUCGACGUGCUCGCCGCGGAGCGCGAGAUCAUCAUGAGCUGCCUGGCGACGCCGCAGUGCGCCCCGAUCCGCCGGUUCCUGGCGCGGUUUAUGAAGGAUCUGCGCGUUGGGGAGGACUUUGUGUACGGGCAGAAGAAGAAGAGGAUGAGGAACAGAUGAGCAAAGCCAGCAUUUCGUCGUAUAUAAAAACAAAG